AACGAAGGGUUGCUGUGUGAAAUCUAUUUAAAACAACACAAUUCUUCUUAAAAAAAUAGUAUAUUUUGCUUUUACGUGCUUGCAUAAGUAGAGAUCUUUAUUCGUUGAAUGAACGAUUUACUGGAAAAUAAAUAAAAUAAAAAACAUUACAUUUGCAUAUCAUAUUUCAAAGAAACAAUUAUAUUUAAAGAAAUUCUGUUUUAAGCGGGAAAGUACAACCACACUACAAUGCAUGGGUGUAUAUAAUUCAAAUAUUAGGCUAUGGGUGGGGCUACCGUUUUAGCUGCGUUGAUUGGCUCGCUUACGUGUUUGCUGCUCCAAUAAAAUUCAUUCGUGUUGUUUGUCAAAUUAAGAACCCCAAUCAGCACCGUGAACCUGCUGGGUUUAAAAAUUAGCAUAGACAGAGAAUAAAUACUUCUUCACCAGAACAGAUUGGUACACAAUUUGUUUUUCUGUCUUGAGUCAUCAUGCCUGAGCCAGCGAAGUCCGCACCUAAGAAGGGGUCCAAGAAGGCCGUUACUAAAACCACCGUGAAGGGCGGUAAGAAGCGCAAGAGGUCCAGGAAGGAGAGCUAUGCUAUCUACGUCUACAAGGUCCUGAAGCAGGUUCAUCCUGACACCGGGAUUUCCUCUAAGGCCAUGGGGAUCAUGAACUCUUUCGUCAAUGAUAUUUUCGAGCGUAUCGCCGGUGAGUCCUCUCGUCUCGCUCACUACAACAAGCGUUCCACCAUCACAUCGAGAGAGAUCCAGACCGCCGUGCGUCUGCUGCUGCCCGGUGAACUCGCCAAACACGCCGUGUCUGAGGGAACAAAGGCCGUCACCAAGUACACCAGCUCCAAAUAAAGUUUCCAGCUUUUCAACACCCAAAGGCUCUUUUAAGAGCCACCCACUUUAU